AUGUCUACACACCAGUCUCCAAGCACGAAGGCCUGGCCAUCGAUGGACCCUGUAACAUACGGGAAGGCUACGCGUCAGCUGAUUUUCGAUACAUCGAUAGCCUCCCCGAAAAUGACCCGAUACAACCAUCACAUACGCCGCUCAUUGGGCUUUCGCGAGAAGAGUGGUUCUGGUAAGGGCAAACCCGUCUUCGCCUCAGCGAGAGUUGAGACUCUGUAUCAUGAACUGGACAGGAUGGCCGUCAACGUCCUUCCUAAUAGCAGCCACAAAGCCCUCAAACGAGCAUGGCAAGCGCAGACAUAUACCGACGACGUUAAGCACCUGCUUCGUGAACACGGUGGGAAGAUUUGGAGCGACCCUAUCGAGAAACGAAAACUAUCAUCCAAUCCAAACUCCCAGCUACUAACAGCAGGAGACCCAGGCGCGUCGGGCGACCUUUUGUACGAGCAUGAACGCCAUCGACAGUUGUAA